GUGGUAGUUUGUCAAUAUUCCCAGAUCAUACAAAUUCCCCUAGGAGGACCUUCAUCGACUUUUGACGCGAGACGAAGGGACUGUCAAAUUUCGUAAAUAAUUUUGACAUUUUAUUUACCAUAUCAAUAUGCGGUUGUUUGGUCGGCGAUCCAGUACCGACCAAACCAGAAGACCUAUCACAAAGCUACAGUAUGAGGUACGAAAUUGGACAAAAAUGUCCGAUGAAGAAGUGAUAGCCGUACUGAAAGAAGAUUAUCAAUGUCUUCCAUCGAAAAAAUUGAAGAAACCCAUUCCCAAGGAAACAACAAAUUUGACUCCUCUCACACUAGGAAACCAAAAUAUUCUGAUUCCUCUAGUAGCAGGAUUAUCAGGCGUUGCUUUCGGAUAUGACAUGGGAAUUGGGAAGCCCUUAACACCUUUGAUGAAACACGAUUUUAAUCUGAAUUGUCAUCAGGAAAAUACAAUCCUCAUAGUAUGGUUUGUGGGUGCUCUUUUUGGUGGAUUAUUUGGAGGAUUUUUAAUAGACACCUUCGGUCGACGGUUAACGAUGAUUUUGUCCCUGAUAUUCCUAACCUUCGGUUCGAUGCUAUCCGCCUUGGCUAACCACUACAUUUUAUUUCUCGCUGCCAGAAUAAUUUGUGGUUAUUCCGGAACCAUUUCUGCAAUGUCGCACUGUAUUUACAUGGCCGAAGUUUCCGACAAAAGAAAGAGAGGAUCAAACAUAACUCUACAUCAGAUUGGCACAGCUGUAGGUCUUCUCCUCGCCAUAAUUAUCGCAGCAGCUAAAGGCACAGAAUGUCAAUGGAGAAUCGUCAUUGGACUCACAUCCGUGCCAGCAUUAAUAACAGCCAUCACGACUAUCAUUUUUCUUCAGAGAUCACCCUCAUUUCUUCUUCUCAAGAAACUAUCAAAUAUGCCUAAACACGUCAGUCAAUUAUCAGCAUCUAUCACUGCUUGGUGUUACAUCCUCAAGAUGUUUGUCAUCAUGACCUUUAUGUUGAUUCUGAGACAAGGAACUGGAAGACAGCAAGUUUUAACUUAUGCUCCGAGGUUAUUUUCUCUUUUGGGCAUGUGUGCAGAUGAUGCAGAGGUUGCAGCUGCAAUAGCUCUGGGGAUUAUCAAAGUCUUCAGCACUAUUCUGGCGUUGGUUGUUGUCGAAAGAUGCGGACGACGAACUGCUUUGAUAACUUCCGCGACAAUAUGUAUGACUACAAUUUCUCUCUUGUCGCUUUUGGCAACGAUGGAUAGAGGAGACGAUUCUCUCAGCUUCAUUCGUGAACCAUGCAAAAAUAUCAUAUCUGGUCCAAAUGUCAGUGAAACUAGUAAUAAUCCAAAUUUACCGAUCGGAUCUCCUCCACCUUUUCCGUUAUUGCCGACUCCUUUGGCGAUUACUGCUCCUGACGCGAUACCUUGGACACAAGUGAAGACAACCUGUGAGUCUCAAAUUACUUCAGAAGGAUUGACCGGUGGUCUUCAAAUUCUUGCUGUAAUAACUUUGUUCGUCUACGAAUCAGCCUACGCUCUAGGAAUUGGUCCAGUUCCUCUUUUAAUUAUCUGUGAAGUUUUCCCAGCGACUAUCAGAGGAAGAUCGAUUGGCUUUUUUGUAAUCGUGGUUUGGAUUUCUCACGUACUCGUCUCUGAAUCGAUUUUUAAAGUAACGAAAAUGCUGACAUUGGCUGGUGCCUAUUUAUUAUACAGUUUCGCAUGUCUCAUCACGAUAUUCUACGUCUUUCUGUUCAUCCCUGAAACGAAAAGAAAGUCCCUGAAUCAAAUUGCUCACGAAUUAUACAGAGUUUCUCUAAAAACCAGAAUCUGCGAAAAUUUAAGAAGUUUGCCACUGGCUUGUCAUAUCGAGUGGAUCAUGAAAUAUGGAGAUAAUACGAAUAACGAGCAGAGCACACCGAUCUGAGAAGGAAAAUUAAUUAUUAGAAAUAUAAAAUCGAAAGGGUAUUUAUCGCAGACGUAUGAAGAAAUAAUCUGAUCAAUUCUGUCUGCGAAUGCGACUUUUACACUAUAGUGUAGACACGUAGUGUUUUUUACGUUUCUUCUAAAUAACUAGACGACGGACUGAAAAUCUGAUUCAACAUUUUUUCCUUGUCUUGAAGAAAGAAACUUUGAAAGUAUUACUUUAUUCAAGGGUCAAGCCUUAGCACGACUGUGCAAAGCAUAUUAUGAUGAUUGUAAUAUUUACAAAAUGGCUACAACCUCGCCAGCACGUAAACGUAUUUUACGUCAUUUAUAUCAGUUUGGAAGAUACUUCAAGAACUGGUUUUGUCUUUUCAGUAACUCUUGAGGUUUUCCGUGAAAUUUUAAAUCGAGAUAUUUUUCUAUACGGAUUUUUUAAAUGUGAGAUUUUUUUGAAACUUAUUAUUGCCUUGAAAAAGUAAUAACGAUGAUAAAUGAUUGGAGAGUAUAGUUUAGUAUCAGUCAGUUCACGAUUUUAUAUUCAUUUUCACGUAUUUAAUAUUUGUGACUUUAAAGCCUGUGAUAUUCUCUUUUUCUUUAAAUAACGGAAGUCAGUAAAUCGAGUUUAUUUUUCAGAUUUGUCAAAUUUUUAAGUUUUAAUUCUCCGAUUGAUCAGUUUUUUUUACUUUAUUUAUAAAUAUUAAUAGUCAUAUUGUCAGAAUAUAGAGUAGUUUUUCUUACUCUAAUGCAAAUUUUCUUGAAGCUUCACUUCAGAAAUAAGUUUUUCAUUUCGAAUGUAAAACUGAUCUCACGAGAGAUGCUGAUUCUUUUAUUUUCUAUUAUUUUUAAAUUCUCAUUAAAUUUAAUAAUAGACUUAAUAAUAGAAUCAUACUAAUCAUCGCCCUUUCGGCAUGCAAGAAUAGAAGAUAUUUGAACUAUUUUUAGGCCAGUUAAUUUUCAGUAUUCCUGCAGGAUUAAAUUAUAAUUUUUACUCUUUUGUAUAUAUUUGCCAUGUUAUUCGUUCACAAGCGAUCAAUAGAUUUUAGACCUAUUGCAACUAAUUAAGUUGCAAUUCCAAUUACACAUGUGUUUACAUACUGAGGACUCUUUUAAUGAAAAGAAAGAAGAAAUAGUAUGACGUGUAGUAUCAAAACUUCGUUGCUUACGUAGUUUUGUGUAUAUAAAAUCAUACAAUGAACAUUUAGAGAAUAUUUAUAAUUGAAUUAGUAAAAUAAAGUACAAAAGAAAAAA